ACGUGGGGCGUAUGAGCUUCAGCCUCUGCCAACCUCGGUGACGGUGAUGGAAAGCAGCAACAUGGAAAAGUACUCUUGGUCCUCCUCCCUGGACAUCACUGAUCUCUGUGAUGACCGAGGCCUCCCUGAAGAGAAGGAUCCUGUGUGCGAACACCCGGAAUGCACUGAGAGGCCGAGAGCAGUGAAGGUGUGCCACCACCCGGAUUGCCAGAAACUCCAAAACCAGCAGCCCUUGAACCUUUGCCUGUCAUGUGACUUGCGUCUCCAUCAGCCCCUGGAGGAUACCAUGCAUUUUGACAGGCAUCUCCGCUUUGACCUGCAGCCACAAGGUUCUGUCUUGGCCAGGAAUGUGUCCACCCGGUCCUGUCCUCCACGCACUUGCCCUGCCCCUGACAUUGGGGAAGAAGACGAUCCAGAGAGAGGAGACCGGAAGAACUCCAGCUUGAAGCUGCCCAAGAAGAAGCCUCGGCGAAGGAAUACUGAUGAUCCCAAUAAGGAAUGUUUUACAUUGAAGUUCGAUUUGAAUGUUGAUAUCGAGAGCGAGAUCGUCCCCGCGGUGAAGAGGAAGACGCUUGGGGAGGUGCUCGUGCCUGUAUUUGAGCGAAAGGGCAUCGAGUUAACCAAGGUGGACCUCUUUUUGGACCAGUCAAAUACCCCUUUGUCCCAUCAUUUUGAAGCCUACAGAAUUGGCGGUCGCUGUCUCAAGGUCAAAGCUAAACCUGGAGACGAGAUGAAGGUGGAACAAGCCAUCAAGGACUUACGUUCUCUCAGCCUACCCGUCAUGAGGAAUGCCAACCGCCUGUCCCUGUUCGUGGCCACUCCCUCUGCUGACAAGACUGAGGAGAUGCUAGGAGCCCAGGAGCCCAUCGACGUACUGGCGCAGUCACGAAGGAGGAAGAAUAUGAUGGAAUUCCUGGGUGACGCAAAUAUCCCAACUUCGGACUCCGUUAUGCACCUCAGUGCCUCGCUGCCCACUUCUGGGAUUAGUCCUGACACCCGCAAGAACCGAGUUGCUAGCCGAUUCAGUGAGUUCUUCACUAUUUCCAUGAAUGCCGGCUCCACCAGCAAGGAGCUGGAGCAGCUGCAGAACAAACUUCACUCCUACAGUGUUUAUGGGCUGCCCAAGAUGCCCAUCAAACUACACUCCGAUCGGGACCACACCAGCCUGUAUCUUGAAGAUUCAUGGCAGCGUCUCCUGGCAGCACCCGAGCUUCUCAGCCAGAAGGAAAGUCACCAACAGGAGGCCAUCUGGGAACUUCUUGACACCGAAGCGUCCUACAUCAGGCGGCUGGACGUCAUCUCUGAUCUCUUCCUAGGCAGCCUGUUGAAUCUGCAGGAGUCGGGUCUCCUGUGUGAAGUUGAGCCGGACCACCUGUUCAGCAACAUCCAGGAGAUCAUCCACCUGCACAAGAAGCUGUGGGCAGAGGUGAUGGUACCUGCUCUGGAGCGGGCUCGUCAGCAGAGGACACCGCUAGACAUCACUGACCUGCAGGCAGGCUUUAACACGUUUGCUUCACGCUUCCAGCCAUACAUUCGUUACUGCAUGGAGGAGGAGAGCUGUUUGGAGUACAUACGUAGCCUGCUGCAGGAAAAUGAGCUCUUCAGGGUCUAUGCCACGUGGGCUGAGACUCACAAGCAGUGUCACCGGCUAAAGUUGACAGACAUGCUAGUGAAGCCACAUCAGCGCCUCACCAAAUACCCACUGCUGCUCAAAAGUGUCCUCAAGAAGACUGAGGAUCCUGCCACCCAGGAUGCCAUCCUCUCAAUGGUGGACUCCGUGGAGAUGUUUAUCAACCAGGUGAACCUGAGAAUGCGCCAGCGUCAGGAGCAGCAGCGGCUCGACGUGGUCACUAGCAGGAUUGACUCCCACGUGGUGGUUGAAGGGAGCAGCGAGGAAGUGGACAAGAUCCUUCGUGAUUUCUGCCAUCUUGACCUCGGGGCCCCAAUGCUUCGCACCUCCCCUGAUGAAACUCGGCAGUUACUACUGGAAGGCCCGCUGCGCAUGAGAGAAGGCAAAGAUAGUAAGAUGGAUGUUUACUGUUUACUCUUCACUGAUCUUCUCCUCAUCACCAAACCAGCAAAGCGAACGGAGAAAGCCAAGGUGGUGCGACAGCCCCUCCUGGUGGAGAGGAUAGUGUGUCGGGAGCUGCGAGACCCUGGCUGCUUCCUCCUCGUGUACCUCAAUGAAUUUCGCACAGCGGUGGCUGCCUUCUCCUUCCAGGCCAGCAGCCAGGCGCAGUGCCGUAGCUGGGUCGAGGCACUGCUCAACACGCAGAACCUUCUGAAAAAACUGCGGAAUCGGGAAGCAGAGCGUCAAGGGGUCACAGAGGCAGCAGAUAAUGGAAGGCCAGCAUGUCAACCCAGCCAACUGGACAAUUCUGCUAUGCUUACGGAAAACCCCAGUGAGGAGUCCUCUCGAAGUUCACAGGGCGACAGCAGGGAUCCACCAAGCUUAUCUUCAAAUAGAGAGGUGACCUCUCUGGACAGCUUCUCGGCCUCCAGGACACCCACUCCAGAUCUCCCAGCAGAAUCUCUCUGUAUGCUGGCCGAACAAGGAGAUGGGUUGGACAAUCUCUCUGAAUCCGUGGACAGUGCCUAUGGAACCCUCUCCCCAGAGUCCCUGCUAAGAAGGCAGGAGCCAUUAGAGAUGGAGGAGAGUGAAACGGACCCUGGCGAGGAACAGCAAAGCUCUCCUCAAUAUCGCGGUACUCCACCGAUGAACCGUUCUCUGGCCCGGUGCCUGGCUAGACCAGUCAAGUGCAGAUCAGAAGCGGACAUUUCUGGGGCAUCCAAGUGCAGACUGCAAGAAAUGGGAGUGCCUGCAAAGGCAGGACUUGCCCAGAGCAGAAGCCUGAGCCUCCUGUGUAACCACAGCACUGACUCAGGGGUAAAGACUGAAGUGGACGGUGGCCAGAGAGACCCAUCCACCUUCAGGAGGACUAGCUUGACAACGGACGUAUUAAGGUGGACUCAUGAAGCUUCCAGCAGCUGCAACUCCAGACCCUCGGAAGGGACCAGCAGCGAUGAAGUCCCGCAGGCACACAGCCAAUGUGCAAAGCUGGCUGAGGCUAACAGUGCCAGCGCUAACCAACCUGGGGUGGGCUCACCCGCCCCACAGCACAAGAAGCUGACAGUAGCACAGCUUUACAGGAUCAGGGGCACGCUGGUCAUGAACUCCACCCUCACCGCCUCGUAAGUAUCCCAGCCAGCCCCGACGUAGAUGUGGCUUGUUUGGGAGUCAGUGUGUGUGGACGAGGUGCCUCAAUCGUUUCUGCACUUGUAUUUUGCAGUGAGGUGUAGUCAGUGAUGUGCACCCCCAGAAGAGCAUCAGCACUUAUGGAUGGACUCGCUGCAGGACAAGUCAGCCGUACACUGUGGGAUAGCCAUCCGUGUCCGCCCCUCCUCUUCCAAGGGUGUUGGGCAGCACGUUUCUAACAUUAUUAAUAUUUUGAUUACCUUUUUUGCACUGUGUAAUAUAGAAGGAUCACAAUGCUAACAUACCCCGGAGCAGGGCCUGCACUGACUGAGCAUUUGCAUCUUGGGACGGAGUGGUAGCUCCACCCACCGAUUGGCCAGUGGUCAAAAAGCUGCCCCUCCUUCGUUUGCCUUUGUAAAGUGGGGUGGGUGCCUCUGCUUGGCUAACCUGUACCAUGUGAUGUGUGACUGGGACCCUGGUGUCACAUGCUUUCCUACUCCGUCACAGGCCCCACCUCUCACCUGAACUCCCACAGGACUUGUAACACUGUCUCAUAUUUAUUUGUAGGAGGUGUGAUGGCACCUGCAUGUUGCUCCCGAGUAAAGCACUUGCAUCUA